CAGGUGAGGAGAUGCCGUUUGGCCGGAGGAUCGCUGUGCCGCCGCCGCCGCCCCCGCUGCUGCUGCUGCUGCUGCUGCUGCUGCUACCGGCUGGAGCUCAGGCUCAGAGUGGAGACGGAGACACUGACGUGGAGCCCAGAAUCAGCUGCACCUCUCAUAUCACCAAAGAAGGAAGCAGUCUGACCUGUCAGCUGCUCAGAGGCAGAAACGACAACGAGGAUGAUGAAGACGACGAUGAGGGCGAUAGCAUCGAGAGAAUGACCCUGUGUCACACCGACUACAGUACGACAAUGAAGAGUCUGAAGUGUGUGGAGGAUGUUGGAGACACAAUCCGCUCCAUAGACCAACCUGUGGUCGUUUUCAACCUGACAGUUCGCUCAAAGAGAGGACGCCAGAUUACAACCGCCGUCGACCCGAAGAAAAUAAUUAAGCCGAGAAGUCCUCGGGUGUGGAACGUCACUUUCAACCAGGAGUCUAACCAGGCUGUCAUUCGCUUUCGGAUUCCGUACCACAAUGAUUACCUGAAAGUACACAAUCAACUGUUCCAGCUGCACAUCUGGACCGCCGACAAGAAAAUGAUCCAGAACGUCUCAUCAGAGAACAACAUGAAGGUCGACAUGGAGCACCUCCUUCAAAGCACCGAGUAUCACGUCGCAGUGCGAGCCAUACCGGUGAAUGUUCUGAGGGGCAGCUGGAGCGAGUGGAGUGAAACGUUCAAUUUCUCCACUCCUGCUAAAGACGUCCAAAAAGAGACACACGAAACGGAGGAGGUGAUGUACAAACUGCCUGUGUUUCUCAUCGCCUUGGUGGUGGUGGUGACUCUCAGUGUCAUUUUCCGGAAAAACAAAAUAAUCACUUACAUGUGGCCGAGGAUCCCACAUCCUAAAGACACACUGGUGCAGAUCUGCAAGCCAAAUAAAGGUCUUCUGUUAAAUUUCAAACCUGAAGUGUUCAGCACCCUUAAGGUCUACCCGAUGGAGAAAACAGAGGUGCAGCCGUGUGAGGAAACGGAGCCUUCCAUCAGUCCAGCGGCUGCCGACAGCACUCAGCCGGACGGUCCCUGCUCCACCCAGAGCUCGGACUGCAGGAGCACCACCAGCGUCAGCACAGAGGAGCUGGAGCUCUCUGCCCUGCUGAGCAGGAUCUCCUCCGACGGAGAGGGAAGCCUCCAGAGCGCCAGUCCUUCCCCCGUCAACGUCCUCCCGCUUGGGGACAGACCUCAGACACCUGAGCCUGAAUGCGGCAGCGAAGGAAACGAGGCUGAGGCGUUUGAAGUGAGUCAGCAGGAGGAGGCCUACGUCACCAUGUCCAGUUUCUAUCAGAUCAAGUAGGUCACGACGAGGAACUGGACCAGAGCCAGUGUUUAUCAAACUUCCGAGAAUUACACCUUAAGAUGCUCUAACAAAGUGCUUCGCAACUUGGGGCUCAGGACCCCCAUGAGGUCCAAAGAUAAAUCUGAGAAGGCACAUAAAUUUAAUGAAAACAUCUUUUUUUUUCUUUUUUUUACGGCCACGUGAGCAGCAAGUCUGUGGAUGAUAAUGUCUGUCGGUCUGAAGGCUUUUCUCAUUCUCCAUGCACCGUGGAAGUAGAAAUCCCUCCUCUGCUUCUAUACUGUCUGUCGGCCCACCACUCAAUAUCUCAACAACUACUGGACAGAUUUCCAUCAACGUUUUUCCAGACGUCCACUAUGUCCAGAGGACGAAUCCUACUGACUUUGUUCCACAGUCCAGCCCCACAGAGCUGUAGCAUGGCUGAAGACUCUUGGCAUCUUCCACCUUUUCAUGCCCCUAAAAAUCCUGCAAAUCAAACAAUCUGAGAAGGAAAAAUCUGUUUUUUGUCCACACUAUGACCAGAACCCGGCACGAGUGGUUACAAGUGGAUAUUGCUUGGCUUUAAAGGAUCCUGAGCAAAAAAGGCUGGGAACCACUUAUCUAAAGAGCCGACCGAGGAGCAGACAAGUUGUUAUCAAGAAACUCGCUCCUACUGACGGCGAAGUGAUGGAGGAACAUUUAAGAGAAGCUCUGACCUAUCACAUGGUUGAUAACGUGAUUGAUUAGACCAGGGAUAACUGAUCAGAGAUGGGGAUUUGCUCUACAACUGGGCCACUCUUCAUUCUUCAAAAACAAACCGUACAUAAUGUGAUAUGUUACUCUGCAAAGCGCACUUGAUUUGAUUUUAUUUUUAGUUAACAUUAAAUCUUCUGUAGCAAUUGAGGGGCAGUUUCCUCUGUCACAGAUUACAAAAAGAACAGUUUAAAGUUUGUGCAUCAGAAAUUUGAUAAGUAGCUUUUAUUCUCAGGUCUGCGAGUAAAAGCGGAGAAUUUUUACUUUUAUCUUAUCUUUUCCUUAUAUCUAUUAUUUCACAGAAUGUAGCAGUUUGAUAAAUGCCAGUUAUUGAUCUGUAGCCGUUGAAAUGUAGCUUUUUGUGCAUGUUGUUGCUUUUGAUGCCAUAUGAUUAUAUCGAGCAUAUUUUCAUGAUGUCUCGCACAUUGUAUGCUGACAUACAGACGGGUGACAGGUGAAUGGAGAAUCCAAUAUAAAGUGUCUUCGUCAGGUGUUGGGCCACCACCGGCCUCCAGAACAGCUUCAGUUCUCCUCAUGAUUGAUCCUCCAAGUCUCCGGACUCUACUGGAUGGACGGACUCCGGUCUUCCUAAAGAUGUUCCCUGAUCUGGUGCUUUGAUGAUGGUGGUGCAGAGCGCUGUCUCGGGCGUGGGUCCAAAAUCUCCCACAGCUGAGCACCAGAUCUGGUGACUGUGAAGGCCACAGCACGGGAUUCCCAUCAUUCUCAUACUGAUCCAACCACUCGGUGACCCCUCCGGCCCUCCGGACGGGGGCACUGUCACCCUGUUUCUCUGCUCAUUUUUCAGGUUCUUCCUUUAACUCGUCACCCGUCUGUACCUCCUACGGUCCUCUGCUGUCGUCCAGAGGUGGUUGUUGGAGGAAUCUAAGAAUAUCAUACCAGUGUUUCUGCAUGUGUUUUACUACAACUUACACGAUACUUUAAUUUUUCCAGAGAACAGUCCCACACAGCAGCUUACUGGUUAAAGGGUCAAUUCAUCUUUUCGCUGGACACGCAGAGCAUUACCUGUCUCAAGCAAGUUUAAAGUCUGCAUGUCUCAACCAAACAGAAAUAAAUGGAUUCUUGUUGCUGUCUGGAGGGUAAUCUCAAAAUGUAUGUAGCGCCGGGUGACAAAUGAAAGUAAAUUUAAAUCUAAAGAAUACUAGUGAGGCGUGAUUCCACCAAGAGUCUCCAGAACAGCUUUAGUGCUCCUUGCCAUAGAUUCUUCAAAUGUGGAGUGCGCUGUUUAACACAUCAAUACAAAGUCUCCCAUAGGUGUUCAUCCACCUAAAAAGGACCCCAGAACUUUGUUAAAGCCCACUAGAACUCCUCAAUACCACCAGAACCACCUGAAGGACUGUAAAACCUCCUAAAUGACCAGCAGAAUCCCCUAUAGAGCCAAAAAAACCCAAACCAGAUCCUUCUAAAUGACCUAUGAGUAACCUCUUCAAUGAAUACCACAACCACAGAAACGAUCCUUAGAACCAAGUAGAGGACCCUCGAUGAACCUCGUCACUGACCACUAGAACCCCUAAAGGGAAAACAACAACCACCUGAAGGACCACCAGAAACAACAAAAGAAUAACUAGAACCUUCUCAAUGACUAAGAUAACCACAUGACGUAUCACAAGAACCACCCAAGGACCUCUACAAUCUCCUCAAUUGUCCCACCAACAACCUAGAUCCCUAGAACCACCUAGAACUUCUUCCUUGAUCCCUUGAACCAUCUAAAGGACCACUAGACCCACUUAAAAGAUUCAUAGAAUCUACUCAGGGACGACAAGGGCUUGCAAAAGGACCUCACCAACCAUCUAAAGGACUCCUAUCUAGUCCCAGUAGAACCUACUCAGUGAUCACACCUAAGGGAUCCCCGAGAACCCCCAAAAGGACCCAUAGAACUUUUUCAAUGAUCAACAGAACCACUUAUAGGAACCCCUAGAGCCCAGAGAGGUCCUCUAGAACCUCCUCAAUAACCACAAAGGACCCCUAAAAUCUCCUAGAUGACCACCAGAACCACCUAAAGGACCCCUAGAGUCUUUUCAGUGACUACUAGGACCUCCAAAAGGACCACAACAACCUCCUAAAGGACCUCUACAACUUCCUAAAUGGCCACUAAAACCCCAAGAACCUGCUUUAUGUUAUGUAAAUAAUGCACACAUGUCAGACCAACGUGAACAUGCAGGUGUUCCACCACAAGCCCUCAGAACAGCUUCCCAGCUCCUUAUGGACAGAAACCUGUAGGGAGGCAUCUGUACUCAUCUGUCACCUGUCUGUGGAAGGAUUUACUACACAUCUUUGAUGGACUAAAACAUGCAAAAACACCUGCGAGGUCCUUUGGAGGAAAGCUGCUUGUAUCUGAGCUCGUCAGAUACAGACUCCUGGUGUGGUCUGGAACGGGCCGGUCUCAUUAUUAUAAAGCACUCGGCCCACAUUCCCCCUCAUGACGAUCAUACCUAGCAGUCUGCAGGUGAGCUGUGGAUGUGCUGCAGCGACCUUACGGGACUGUUUCUGUUUCUGCUCUGAGUCAUGGAAACGCCAAAGACAAUAAAACAACGCUGCUUCUCAAAACAUCUGACACAACCUACACCUCAUGUUUCUUUACAGCGACAGCUGGGAUAAAUACACAGAAUGUAUCAAUGCUUUAUUUUCUCAGAAUUAAGACACCUGUCUGUCACAUUUCACUCCACAUUAAUCUGUACUAAACACACAGUAUAACCUUUAUGUUAAUGUUUCAUUGUACCUAUUAUGAAAUAUUGUUUAGCCAAUAUUUCUUUAUUUAAACAACACCAAUCAUGUUGCAUAUCAAAGUACAAUAAAAUAGA